GGAGUGGCCCAAGCUGGCCACCCUUUCCUGACUCCAGAGACCCCUGGCGGUCUGGACCCCUUGCAUCACCGUGGAGGUGGAGGCUGUGGGGCAGCCGGGCCAGCAUCCAUCAGGAGAAGCAGGAGGACACACCCUGCAGUUUAUGCCUGUGGGACUCUGCCAGGAGGAAGCCUGGGGCCGGACCUGCACAAGGUGCUGGCUGGCACAAAAUGGAGCGCCCGAGCAAGAUGGAGUUCUUCCAGAAGCUGGGCUACAGCCAGGAGGACGUGGUCAGGGUGCUGGACAAGCUGGGUGACUGCGCCCUGGUCAAUGAUGUCCUGCAGGAGCUGAUCCAGACAGGCAGCCGCCCUACAGCUCAGGAAGCCUCAGACAGCAGCAAUGGGCCCCUGUUCGUUCCCCGGGGCUCCUGUGGGGCCCCAGACUCUGCUUGGCAGGGCCCAGGGCCAGACCUGGAAGAGGACUGCAGUGACCCGGCCAGUUCUCUGCGUCCCAUAGUGAUUGAUGGCAGCAACGUGGCAAUGAGCCAUGGAAAUAAAGAAGUCUUCUCUUGCCGGGGAAUCCAGCUGGCUGUGGACUGGUUCAAGGACAGAGGACACACCUAUAUCAAAGUUUUUGUUCCAUCCUGGAGGAAAGAGCCAUCCCGAUCCGACACCCCUAUCAGAGAGCAGCACGUGCUGGAGGAGCUGGAGCGGCAGGCGGUUCUUGUGUACACCCCAUCCCGCAAGGUGAAUGGCAAGCGGGUGGUCUGCUAUGAUGACCGCUACAUCGUGAAGGUGGCCUAUGAGAAGGAUGGUGUCAUCGUCUCCAAUGACAACUACCGAGAUCUGCAGAGUGAGAACCCCGAGUGGAAGUGGUUCAUUGAGCAGAGGUUGCUCAUGUUCUCCUUUGUCAAUGAUAGGUUCAUGCCUCCUGAUGAUCCCCUGGGCCGCCACGGACCCACUCUGAGCAACUUCCUGAGCAGGAGGCCGAGGCCCCCAGAGCCGUCCUGGCAACACUGCCCCUACGGCAAGAAAUGCACCUACGGCAUCAAGUGCAAGUUCUACCACCCGGAGAGGUUGCACCGCGUGCAGCUGGCGGUGGCGGAUGAGCUACGUGCAAAGACGCGGGCCCGGCCGGCUCCUCGGGACCCCGGCUCGUGCAGCCUUGCCCCAGCGGCCCUGGCUGCCCUGCGAGGGGGCUUCUCGCAGUUGGCUGUCAGCGACAACCUGGUACUCAGAAGCGGCGGCGCUGGCAGCCCUGGGCAGCAUUGCCCCGGGGAACUGGGGCCGAGAGUGCGCGGCCUCCCACUCCAGCGGAGCCCCAGCACCGCGGGCAACCUCCCGUCCCAGCUGUGCACGCAGGCUCAGCGGUGGGGCGCACUUGGCUCCAGGGUCCCGCUUCUCCUGCGCAGCCCGCUUGACGACCAUUGGGCCCCGCUGCCCAGUUCUGAUCGCUUUCUGGGUCGCGGGGUCUGGACAGAGCCAGUACAGGGCAAUAGCGCCUCCAGGGGACCUUCCGGUCCGCUCUCCCGGGGGGUAGAGCACCAAGUAGACUCGCACUCUCCAGCAGCGUCUUUCCGCUAGACUGGCCGACAGGUCGCUUGGAUCCCUUUUCUUUUUCAUGUGGCCAGGUGCUUCUGGCACGAGCAGAUAGCACAUGGGCGGUCCCAGUAAGUGGCCCUGUUUUGCCUGGCAACUUGGGAAAAUGGACCGAUCAGUGGUUGCCAGCCCGGGCCUGAGGCCACCCCGUCAGGACCCCGUUUCAGAAAAUCUGCUUUCUUCUCUUUUACAGUAGGUGCCCCCAUGGUGGCACUUGGAGACCCUCACUGAAGGAGGUUUGGUUUAGAACAGCUAUUUGUGUCCAGCUGCAAGUGGGUCACAAAAUCCAUUCAGUGUUGGUGGCACACUUGUAAUCCCAGCAUUCUGGCCUGAGGUGCAAGUCUGCCCCCUGCCUGGGCAAUUUAGUAACUUAGUGAGAUCCUGUCUCAAUAUAAAAACAUUUCAAAAGGGCUGGGGAUGUAUUUUAGUGCAUAGGCCUUGGGUUAAACUCCUAGUAUCCAGAAAGAGGAAGAAGAAGA